AUGUCUGUCAUCUCCCACUGCUUUCAUACGCUCUCUCUAUACGUGUGCGUACCGACUCCUCUUGUCACGAGUCCUCGUCCGAUUAUCUAUAGUCAUUCUUUCUCUCUUUCCAGCUCUCUACUUUCAAAUAACUUCGCACACUCAUUUGUUUUGUGUACUAUACGGAAGAUGCCGUCAAAGAACUACGACGAGCAAAGCGACAGCGUCCCUCCGCACGACAGGGCGGAAGCGCUCGCGAUGGAGUACGAGAAUUCGCACCACGAGCGUCCCGGUACAAAGAAGCACAACGAGACACCCAGCCACCAGGGAAAGCCGAAGUCUGUGCGGUGA